AUGCAAGUGAAUGAAAACCAUCAGCUCAGUUAUUCAAAUCUAUCCGGAUCCGCAGUGUCCGAUUCAUAUUCACCACAAGUUACCAGAGGAAUAACUUCGGGAUCAAUGCUCGUGGGAUCUGAUCGUCUGCCCGCCUAUUGUUCAAUUCCACUGACAAACGAGCCGACAACGUUCAAUCGGAAUGCAUCCUGCCAGUCACCUUUGUCCUCAGAAAGUGCAUUACCCAGUCCCAACCGAAUGCCUGACUUAGUGCGCAUAUCCACAAUCAGUCGAGCAUCUGUAGACCCAAAAACAGCAGAUCAUAAUAUCUCUUGUCCGGAGCCCUAUGUCACCGGAUCAUCACUGUCUCACUGCUCGUCCAAUGAGUCCUCUAGUUCCAGAUCGUCCGAGGUGGACGAUAUUGGUCCGAAGGAUUUACUGUCAGCCAGUGAUAAUCGACUCAAAUCCGAACCGGGGAACGUUGCAAGUGAGCCUGAAACAAGCGAUUCGGAAUCACAAUCGGACGAUGCUCAACACACGUGCCAAGUAAGCAUCCGGGAAUGGGUUUGA